GCUCCUGGCCUUUCGUGGCCUGCUCCUGGCCUUUCGUGGCCUGCUCCUGGCCUUUCGUGGCCUGCUCCUGGCCUUUCGCGGUCUGUUCCUGGCCUUUCGUGGCCUGCUCCUGGCCUUUCGUGGCCUGCUCCUGGCCUUUCGUGGCCUGCUUCUGGCCUUUCGUGGCCUGCUCCUGGCCUUUCGUGGCCUGCUCCUGGCCUUUCGUGGCCUGCUCCUGGCCUUUCGUGGCCUGCUCCUGGCCUUUCGUGGCCUGCUCCUGGCCUUUCGUGGCCUGCUCUUGGCCUUUCGUGGCCUGCUCUUGGCCUUUCGUGGCCUGCUCCUGGCCCUUCGUGGCCUGCUCCUGGCCUUUCGUGGCCUGCUCCUGGUCUUGCGUGGCCUGCUCCUGGCCUUUCGUGGCCUGCUCCUAGCCUUUCGUGGCCUGCUCCUGGCCUUUCGUGGCCUGCUCCUGGCCUUUCGUGGCCUGCUCCUGGCCUUUCGCGGCCUGCUCCUGGCCUUUCUGGCCUGCUCCCGGCCUUUCGUGGCCUGCUCCUGGCCUUUCGUGGCCUGCUUCUGGCCUUUCGUGGCCUGCUCCUGGCCUUUCGUGUCCUUUCGUGGCCUGCUCCUGCCUUUUCGUGGCCUGCUCCUGGCCUUUCGUGGCCUGCUCCUGGCGUUUCGUGGCCUGCUCCUGGCCUUUCGUGGCCUGCUCCUGGCCUUUCGUGGG